UUAUAUUUUCAUUUUAUUUAAAAUCUAAAAUUAAUCAAAAGUAAUCUUAAAUUUGUUUUAUUUUAUUUUUAAAUAAACUCAAUAGGAAAUCAACAAACAUAUGGUAAUUCAACAUUAGCACCAUACGGUGCAUUAGUUGGCAUAGCAUCAACUAAUGUUUCAGCCUAUUCAAAUGGAAAUGAUACAAUCAUAUCUAAUGAAUCUAAUUAUCUUUAUGGUAUAUAUACGGGUAUGAGAUGGCAAUGUGUUGAAUAUGCACGUCGAUGGCUUUUUAUACGUAAAGGUUGUGUUUUUGAUAGUGUUGAUGCAGCCAAUGAUAUGUGGAGUCAAUUAUCUUUUGUUCAACGAGUUGUUGAUGGUAAAUGUUUUUCUUUAAAAAAAUAUCAAAAUGGUUCAAAGAGUCCACCAAAAAAUGAAUCAUUACUUAUAUAUAGUCUUGGUGAAGAUAUGCCAUUUGGACAUGUUUCUGUUAUAGUCGAUGUUUUAAAUGAUUCAAUUCGUGUUGCUGAACAAAAUUUUCAUACAUAUUAUUGGUCGAGUAAUUAUUCUCGAGAAAUUCCAUAUAUAAUGAAAAAUGGUAGUUAUUAUAUUAUGGAUAAUUAUAAUAUUUAUGGUUGGAUGUCAGUUGAAGAUAAUAAUCAAACUUAUCCAUUGAAUCAAUCAAUUAUAGAUAAAAUCCUUCGAAAGAAUAUAUCAUUUCCUGAUUUUAUUUGUUCAAGAAGUAUUAAACAUUAUUAUUAUUCAUUAUAUCAAUAUCUUGUUUUUUUAUUUCUUUUAUGUCUAUAUUUUAAUUAA